ACAUCUUUUCUGAGGCAUUUUUAAAAUUUGAUGUCGAUACGAUUUUUUAAUCCAAAGUUAUUUUGAAAUAAAGAUGCGAAACAUACCCGGGUAGGCGGUUGUACACAUGACGGUUAACGUUGCUGUUCAGAUUGUCAACUGGGUGUGCGGAUCGGAUCGCGCAGCUUUCCAAACGUCAACGAAUAAUUCCACCACAAAGAACAUUCUUUUGUGCGAGUUCAAAGAAACGUGUUCGAUUCGCAUGCUUCAUGAGGAACAGAACGCUUGAGUGAUUUAGCAAUUUUCAAUUACUAAACAGAGUGCAUUUGUCUUAUUUAGUGGCAGUAUUCAGUUUGCUUUGUUUGCCUUCUGUUGGCUAAAGAAUGGAGGAAGCUAUUGCGGCAUUUCAUGAAGGCAUGGACACGUUUUACGAACCACAGUCUGUGACAUGUACAGCAAAAAAUAAGCGUGUGUUGUUUGCAAAAAUGUACGAUACUUUCCUUAAACCCAGUAUAUUACAAGCAAAACUUAACAAUCUAAGUGCUAAAGAAACCAUCGAGUUCCUGGUCCCCAAAAUUCUAGAUUGGAUUCGUAACAAUUCCGUUCGUGAACAAUUGAACUUGCGCAACGAUUUAAAGGACAAUACCAAAGCAGCUCAGCUACGGUCCGAAGGAAAUAAAAUGUUUCACCCGAACGUGAAACGCUACAUCGAGGCCAUCAAGCUGUACAAUGAGAGCAUCGCCUUUUCCGAAAAAGGAUCGACAGAAAGGGCAUUGGCCUAUGCAAAUCGCUCAAACAUUUGUCUGAAGAUGCAACGCUAUGAAGACUGUCUGAAGAACAUUCGGCUUGCUCGUGAGUCAAACUAUUCUGGAGAAAAGUUGAAUCAACGCGAAAAAGAGGUUAAAAAUGCUUUGGCAAAGGCUCGGAACAAGAAUGCUUCAUCGAGCAAGUUUUCUCCGGAUGUGGUGGAAGAGCCCGAGCUAAGCUAUCCGGCCAAGGAGAAUGCGCCGCAAGUUGCCAACUGUCUGGAACUGCGCAAAAACGAAGAAUAUGGACGACAUGUGGUGACCACUCGUAAGCUGAAGGUAGGCGAUGUCGUGAUGAUUGAAAGGCCGUUCGUUACCGUGCUGAAGGAUUCGUUCCGAUAUGUUCGAUGUGAUUUUUGCCAUGGCGAACGACCAUUCACAUUGAUUCCAUGCGAAGGAUGUACCGCGGCCAUGUACUGUUCGGAGGAAUGUCUGAGUAAAGCGUACAACAACUAUCAUCGAUAUGAUUGCGGGCUUUUACGAGACUUGUAUGAAGAUUUCGAAGAAGUUUCCUUGAUUGCUAUUCGCAUGCUUGCCAUUGCGAUCACAACCUUCGAUAAUAAUCCAGAGGCAUUGAAGGAUCAUCUCGAUGUACUGGAUGAAUCCAAUGUGAACGGGUUUACGAUGGAUUGGAAUAAAGCAACGCAACAAGACAUUUUCAACACGGUGCACGUGUUAACCACUAAUCAAGAACGGCGACACAGCAUGUUUGUUGCAAUGUUCAUCUUCAAUGCUACCAUCCUACAUACCCUUAUUCUGGAAAGAACAGAGCUGGGACCGGUGUGCGAAGCAAACCCUGCAACAAACAAGUUUUUACUAGAUUUGAUCCUGCGAUAUAUGCAAAUCGUGAAUUGUAACAGAAAAUUGUUGUCCUUUAAUGCGUACAAGGUGAAGGAAUACGUGGCUGAAUCAUUUGCAGUGGGUUGCUACCCAUUGAUUAGCAUGCUGAAUCAUUCCUGUGCUCCCAACGUGAAACGCAUCACUUUGCGCGAUGGGCGGUGUGCCGUUUUUGUCAUCCGUCCAGUUCUUGAAGGAAGUCAACUGUUCGAUAGCUAUGAAGCGGGUCAUACAUUGCAUGAACGAGAAAUGAGGCAAUCAAUGUUGUCAUUCAUAUACAGCUUCCAAUGCACAUGUGAAGCAUGUACAUUCAAUUAUCCUACUUUGAAAGUUCUUCUGGAAGGUAGUGAUGUAAUCAAUUCUGAAAACAUGACAAAACAUUUGUACUACAAUCGGAUGCUCAGUUCUCAUGAGGAUAAGAAAGUGCGCAAAAUUAUGGCAGAACUGCGGUCUUUUCUGAAUGAAACACCAAAAUUGUAUCCUGAGAGUGAAGUCUGCUUUAGACAGGUAGAGUUUGUACGGUCUCUUCAAGUACUGUACAACCAAACAUCUGAAAAUGCGGAGUAUUGGAAACACUGCAAACCGUAGCUAAUAUUCCCAGAAAAAUGUGUGAGGUUCUGAGUACAACUGAGUUAAUUUCCUUACGUAUAUGGUUAGCGCGGGUUUUUACACAUUUGAUGUUCGUUCAAUAUGCCCAUGAAUUCGAUAUGCUGAUAAUAAACUGAAUUUUUCUUUUUGAUAAA